AGGAGGAGGAGGAGGAGGAGGAAGAGGAGGACGGAGACGCGGUCGCACCUGGACCAGGAGAGGAACUUGGCGGCACGCGACACGAAGAAGCGCGCGAGCGGUAGUGAUAUAGUGGUAGUAAUACGGACCAGUGUAACAGGGUAGUAGAACGGACCAGGUGGCAGUGGUGCCGGUAGUGUGACUCGGAACACCCGGAGUAGGGACCGUUAGGGGAAGGGGGCGGAGCGGAACAAGUCCCCGAUAGAGAACGAGACGGUACGGAGGCAGCGGUGCGGGACAGAGUGCGGUGAAAUCGACCCCCUUCGUCUCGUGUUCUGGGUCCGCCUGCGGCUCUCUCUCUCUCUCUCUCUCUCUCUUUCUCACACUCACUCUCACUCUCUUUCUCUCCUCGUCUCUUCCACCGGGAAGAGCCGGUGCCGGGUGCGCUCGCACUCGGACGCGCGAGCGCAGAGAGCGUGCGCUCUCACUCUCUCCGCACUCGCGCGGUGUCAUGGGCGCACGGUGGUCGUUGCGCUACCACCGGGUGCUCCUUAUGCCGAUCCGACGUGACGGUGGAGCCUCAGCAUCAGCGUCGUCGUCGUUGUCAUCGUCGUUGUCGUCCGCUUACGCGCUGUAUUCGCGGGGUAGUCGCCGGGAGGAUCGUACACGUCGUCGUUUCGCGGUCGUGCGGUAAUCAGUGAUGAGAGUAGAUCAACGAGAUCAGUGAUCGGAGAGAGGAUUCUGUUGCAACCCUCUCUCUCAAAACAACGUAAACGGAGGAAGAGAACAGAGUAGAGAGUACUGCUCGCGAUCGCGAAGAAAGUAUCGCGGAAAAAAAAGAACUACUUAAGCGCGCGCGCGCGCUGUGUGGUGUAUUGCGGUGCGGUGCGGUGCGGUGCGACCUGUGUGGCACGCGGUACGACGGAGUGUCGUCGUCGGCGGCGUACGACAGCGAAGGAGCGAGUGGCAGUGCGCCCACUACCGAACUAGAUGUGCGUAAAUGGAAGGUAUAGGGGACAUAGGCGAUCAUCAAUCGCAUAGCGAGCAAUUACUGGACUCGGUCGAUUCCCCGGUGGCGGUGUCUACGCAUGGCCGGGGCGGUGGGGGCGGCUCGAAUGGGAACUGUGGCGGAGGAGGCGGAGGCGCAGGAGGAGGAGGAGGAGGAGGAGGAAGUGAUAGCGGAGGUGGAGGUAGCAGUAGGGGCACCGUGCUCAGUGGGGGUAGGCAUCACAACCACCACCACCAUCAUCACCAUCACAGCCAGCACCACCACCACCAUCACCACCAUCAUCAACAGCAGCAGCAGCAGCAUCAGCACGAGGUCGUGCACGAAACGGGGGGUGGUAGGAGCGGUGGAGGCGGCGGCGGCAGUGGUAACGGGGGUGGUGGUGGUGGCGGCGGCGGUGGUGGUGGUAACGGAGGAGGUAGCGUCGAGGGUAUGUCUUCGUCGGCCUCUCAAAGCCCCGACAUCGCGUGCGCGAGCCUACCGCUGGAACUGCUCGCGGCUGGCGCGCUCGGCGUCAAGGAGGAGCGAGACCUCGCCGCCGCGGAGGAUCUGUCGUCGUCCCAGGAUCCGCCUGGCAGGCAGAGCGCGCGGGAGUCCCUGUCGGUGAUCGUGCCGCCUCAGGACGUGGACGUGGACUCGCGCGACGCCGACGACUCGGAGCUCCUCAGUCCGGGCAAGCUAACGCCUACGUCGGGGAUCAGCGUGUCGGUCGCGAGCAUGAUUGACGCGACGGACUUCAGGGCGAUGCAGCCGGAGCCGACGUAUCAGACACUGACCUCGGUCGCCGAAAGGAUGUCGCCGCCCGGCUUCAGUCCGGGCUCGUCGUACGCCACGCUGACGCCGCUGCAGCCGUUACCGCCGAUCUCUACGAUGAGCGACAAAUUCGUUUACGGCGGUCACGCGGCCGGCG